AUGGAUAUGGGGAAAAUAUCUGCAUGUAAACAAGGUGAAGAUGAGAAUGUGGCUGAAUAUCUUCACAGACUCUCAGAGGUCCACACUGCAAAUAGUGGACUUGAAAAACCAAAUGCUAUGGGGGGACAGAAUCCUAUCACCCCAUGGGAAGCUCAUUUGAGAGAUCGCUUCAUCCAUGGCAUGAGGCCAGAAAUCAGUGAGAUGGUGCAAAAUCAAUACCCAUUGAAAAAGGAAGCAGUGGAAGGUAUUAAACCAGUUUUUGAAUCCCUUUUAAAAUCUGGAGUAAUAAUUCCAUGUGAAAAAUCUCCUGUUCGUACACCAAUUUUUCCGGUGAGAAAAAUGAAAGGAGCUGGACAACCACAGGAAUGGAGAUUUGUUCAGGACUUACAAGCAGUAAAUGCUGCAGUCCAGGCUCGUGCACCAAAUGUUCCAAACCCUCACACUAUUCUUUCACAAGUUCCAUCUGGGAGUAAGUGGUUUUCUGUGGUCGACUUGUCAAAUGCUUUCUUCAGUAUUCCUGUUCACCCCGACAGUCAGUACUGGUUUGCAUUUUCUUUUGAGGGGAAAAUGUACACAUUUACACACCUCUGUCAGGGGUAUUGUGAGUCACCUACAAUUUUUAAUUCAGCGUUAAGGGACAAUCUUGAAUCACUGGAACUACCAGCAGGCAGUGCUCUUUUGCAGUAUGUAGAUGAUUUGAUGAUAUGUUCCCCUGAAAGGGAACUGUGUGUUCAGGACACAGUUGCUUUGCUUCAACAUUUAGCGGCAAAUGGUCACAAGUGGGUGGAAGCUUUCCCCACAUCUAAACAGGACUCGUCAGCAGUGGCGAAGGCACUGCUCGGAGAUCUCAUUCCACGGUGGGGUAUUCCAAGAAAGAUAUCCAGUGACAAUGGUACACCAUUUGUAAGCGCAGCAUUAAAGAGUGUUGGUGAGUAUCUGGGUAUCAACAUGAGGCAACAUUGUGCCUACCAUCCCGCCAGCGGAGGGGCAGUGGAAAGAGAAAAUGGCACAUUGAAAAACAAACUGGUGAAGGACGCACUGCCAAGAUCUACAGACAGGAAACUGCAUGAUCUUAACCCAGGAGACUGGAUUGUGGUGAAGGAUCUUAGGAGGAAAAACUGGAGAGCACGUCGGUGGAGUGGUCCCUACCAAGUGCUUCUCACCACGGAGACGGCAGUGAAGGUCGCAGAGAGGGCAACCUGG